AUGGUGAGGAAACACAAGGGCACAUUGGCUGUGAUUGAGCAGAUCUAUCAGGACAUACCCGCUUUCACCGAUAUCUUCACCGAGGAGUCCUUUUACACGUUCGCCUUUUGUUUCGUUUGCGCCACCGUUCUGGUGGCAUUUAUCCUGUCGCGCUUUAUCACCAUCAAGCCCGUCGAUUUCUAAACCAUUAACUGAACCAGCAGCAUUAAAACUUAAGCUUUAACAUGUAAAACAACACAAACACAAGCAUUGUCCACAUUGUCUUAUUCUCUCCGCACGACUGUUGCGACAGAGCAAAAGGGCAGCGAUUGUCUCUGGGAUUGGGACUCAGACACAGGGGUCUCUGAGACGAGACUGGCCAAAAACCAGUUAUGGACACUGCUUUAUUUUUCUUCUUUUUUUUGCCACACUCUUUGAGGGUAUUUGAAUUUUGUCAUCAAAUGUGUGACGCAAUGCGGGAGUCAUGUGAAUAAAGAGCAGAUGUUAUAUAUACCCUUA